AUGGACGUUUUCAAAAGGUUUCAACAGCGGAUCCACGAGAAUAUUGCUGAGUCUACGAGAGAUUUCGAUUUCGGCUCAACCGUUCGCAUAGCAGAUGCACCCAACGAUAAGCUCUCAGACAUAAUCCCAAAGCUUUCAUCAAAAGAAGAGCACGAAAUCAAGCAUGCUUUGAAGCGUGUCUUGGUCCUUUUAUCUCACAAUAGGGAUUUGUCUUCCUUGUUUCCGUCAAUUGUCAAGCUGGUAUCUUCAAGGGAUCUGCACAUAAAGAUAUUGGCGUACGUUUAUCUGACGAGAUAUGCCCGACUAUGUCCAGAUCUUGCGAUGCUCAGUGUUAAUUCAUUCCAAAAAGACUCAAGUCAUCAGUCACCCCUAGUGAGAGCUCAGUCGAUAAGAGUUUUAUCGAGUAUAAGCUCCGAGGAAGUUGCGCCUAUUUGCAUGCUAUGUGUCAAGCGUGCUGCAACUGAUUCCAAUCCUUACGUCCGCAAAGCAGCUGCGCUGGCAAUAGCCAAGUGUUACGAACUGGAUGACUCUUCAUACGAUGAGCAGAAAGAAUUGUCUUUGAAGCUGAUGAGAUGUGCAUCGUCGAUCCCGAUCGGUGCCGCUGCUUACGCUUUUAUCAAAAUACACCCCGAUAUUGAUGAUCUCAACGAUAACUUAUCGGCAUUACAUUCAUUGUUUAGGCACUUGGUCAGACAGCUAGUGGACUGCGAAGAAUGGUCUCAAUUAAUCGUUUUGGAUUUGCUGGCCAGAUACAGCAGAGUGUUUUUGCCUCGACCAUUAGAGGAGGAUUCUGUAGACAAAGAUAUGAAGGAUCUACUCAUGGGAUGUGAGUAUCUCUUAAGCAGUCCUAAUCCAGCCGUCGCAGCCACUGCUUCCAAAACACUUCUUACGCUUGGAUCUACCACCUACCGAAGCAAGGCUCUCAAGUGCUUGAUGCGCUUGAGGAAGGAAUCGCCUGAAAUGUCGGCAUACGUCAUGUUAACUUUACAGCUGAUAUCAGAGAAACAACCGGAAUCGGUCACUCCGUUUUUUCAAUCUCUUUUCAUCGUUAAAAGUGACACAGAUUAUACCAAGAUAAUCAAACUAAACAUACUACAAAAUUUAAUGAAAGUCUUGGAUGACUCUCAGCUCACAAUGCUAGCGAAGGAGCUCUCAAAUCAUACCCUUGAUCCUGAUACAAAAUUUGCAGCUGAGGUGAUUGAGACGAUCGGCAGCUUGUCAUGUGCAUCAAAAAGAGCGUCAGAAGUUGCCUUCAAGACGCUCACAGAUUGUUCAACUGCAACAAACAAGUUACUAAGUCAUCAAUCCAUCAUACAAUUGAGUAAUUUUGUCCCUGAUCUCUUGCAAGGAUCAUGGAAUCUACGUAGACUAUUAAAGCGGAUGUUCAAUGGAAGAGUAGUAGACGAUGAUGCCCGUGCGACUUUAGUUUGGGUUGUCAGUGAAGUAGUACAGAAGCCGCCCCAAAAUGAACUGAACGAGCUGGAUGGUAUGUCAGUCUGGAAGUAUGGUCCUGAUGUACUGCGUAGCUGCGUAAAGGGAUUCUCCGAAGAAGGCAGCAAGACACAGACCCAAAUUCUCAAUCUAGCGGCCAAAAUGAUGGCGAUCUUACCUGAUAUAAGAAGUGUACAGGCAAUGGCCCGCAAAGUUUUCAUAGAUUCGGCUGAUUUUGACCAUGUAAAGUCCAUGGACAUCGAAUCACUUGAUGGACUUAAUAGGAGACAUUCGAUUAUGAAUACGGUGGCGGGAUUGUAUGGAGAAGUGCCUGAGCAAGGCGAUCAAGCACCUAGAGUACUUUUACGUCGCAACCAAGCUAAUGCUAUACUCACAAAUAUGGCCACAAACUCGAGUGUGAUGCACAAAAUGACAAGUUCCAUCAAAAACAACAACAUGGUGCGGAUUCAGACAGAUACUUACUUGAAUAGCCUACCAGAAUGGUCAACUGAAGGUUUGCCUGGUCCUGAAGUGAGAGAAGUAAAGCAGAGUGAGGCUAAUCAAGCCGAUGAGGCUUUAACGAUGCCGGUAAUGAGUAAUGAGAUUGCAGCGUACAAUGCAGAGGUAGAAACCAUACUCGCACAAAAUGCGGAUUACGAAGAUGAUGAACCUGUAGAUACCACAGAUAAAGCGGCAGAUGACGACCUAGAGAGGUUUUUGGAGAGUGAUGGAAAUCUCACGAGCGAUGUAGAUGAUUAA